GUCUAGCCAACAUACGCGGGCAACCAACACCGUUCAAUCAGAACGCGGCCAUUUUGUUCGUCGAUCUUGAUCUAUUUGCAUUUGGCUUCGAGUGGCGUCUGGUGUGUACUCCAAUUUAAAACUUGGUUCUUGGUGUUGCAAGUUGGAUCUUGCCUUCUGCACUGUUCUGCUUUGAGUGCUUUUCCUUUGCCAACUUGGCACAGCACAGAGCACAGCAUAAAAAACAUAAACCCAAAGCAGAAGCCUUUGAUUUGGGAGCAGGUUUGCUCUGAGUCUGAUCUUAACGAAAUUGGAAAUUUCAAAUAAUGGAUUUAAAAGAAGUUGAUUUUGGUUCUCAUGAAGUAAUUUACGUUACACGAGCGGAAGAAAGACCGACUGUGGCUGAAUGGCCAAACGCAGCCAUAGAAGAACUGUUGAAAUUUUUGAAGAAGCAUUACCGAUCGGAGGGAAACAAUUCAAAAUUUGGUUACAAGCGUAUUUUAUAUGAAAACUGCAGCCGUGCCUUGAGGCAGAAAGGCUUCAUUUAUGCAUCAGCGCAAUGCGAGAACAAAUGGAAAUCAUUAAAGAGAAGAUACUUGACUUGUUUGAAUCGCUCUCGUACUGGAAAAGGCAGAAAAAAAAUUCCUUACAAGAAACAGUUGUUUGACGAUGAAAUUGAAUACUUAUUGAAGUUUGAAAAACAACCACAGAUCAAAAAGGAACCUGGCGAUACUAAGCACAAGAUAAAAUUUGACGAAGACAUGGAUCAAGCUGAUGAAUUUGAGGAAAACAACAAAAAAUAUAUGGCAAAUGAUAAAAAAUUAGUUCAAAAGAAGCUAAGAGGUUCCGACGACGAAGACAAGAAAGACUUCGUUUUCACUGGAAAAGUUGAUUUGUCACAGCAAAAAAAAAAAGAAGCCUGUGCUGAAAAUCCCAAAGCCAAUAAUUUGCAUUUAAUUGGAGACCUUACUAAAGCAAUGAUAAGCAAUGUGGAAGUAAACACUGAUAUAUUGAAAAGUCAUGGUGCCUUCUGUGAACAGUUACUGGUAUGUUUAGAUAGUUUUGACAGAAAGGCGGAAGUAAAAAUUGGAGUUGAACAGAAAAUGUUGGAACAAAAGAAAAUUCAGAAUACCUUGUUGGCAAGAAUAGUCCAGAAGCUGGGAAAUAGUACCAGCAAAGGAAAUGUAUAGUUUGUUUUCGUUCCAACACAUAUAUAUUAAGGAUAUGUCUAUUGAAUUUGAUUUACUUAAUAAAAGCAGUAAUAAUUUGA